AUGUAUCUGAGCCCUCCACAACACAGUGAAAAGCUGAAUUCACCACCAACCCCAGUGUAUGUGAACCCCCCACAAUACAGUGCGAAGCCUAAUUCGCCACCAACCCUGGUGUAUCUGAACCCUCCACAACACGGGGCGAAGCCUAAUUCGCUACCAACCCAGACCCCUCCACAACAUGGGGGAAAGCCUAAUCUGCCAUCAACCCAGAUGUACAAGAACCCUCCACAAAUAGAGAAACCUGAGUUGGUCCCAACUCACCCUCCUUAUGGAGAGAAGCCUAGGCCCAAACCAAAACCGCAAUCUCCAACUCAACCACGUAACGUGACGAAGUCACCAUAUGUAAAACCACUGAUAUCCUCACCACCAGUGCACAAGCCGCUGCCUAAUGGACCGGAGUGGGAUAGUAGGGUCGAUUCAACACCGGGUGCCAUCCGGCAAAGCACGGAUGCCAUCCGGCAAAGCACGGAUGCCAAGGCGGAGGCUUUGACUCAUUCAAGAAGAUCCCGUUGCCGUGGAUAUGGAAUGGAUGCGUAG